AUGAAGAAAGCAACAAGGAACUUCAAAGACGGUGUUAGGAGGAGGUUUCAGGAGUACCUUCAUUUUUAUUGUGAUCCUCCACUAUACCAUGGAGAUGUUAAGCCUAGCAAUGUCUUCUUGGACAAGAAUUACCUUGCAAAGAUGAAGGAACCAGAUAUUUUGAAUGUAGUCCCGACCUCGUGA